GAUAUACGUUAUGUCUAGAAUUAUAUUCUAGUUAUUUCACUCUCAAUACGUUUAUUCUUUUUAUUAUACUUUCUACACUUUUUUUCUCCGAAGUUUAAAGACCGGGCUGGACGAAUUUGCAUAAUCGCAUAAAUAUAUGCGCAGAGAAACUGAAUCAUGGGAAUCGUAUCGGAAUCGUGAUUUAUCGAUAAAUAGUGUGUCAACAGGUCUGUUUAUCUUACCUAUCUUCAAUUAUUUAUACGUUCCUCCGUGCGCGUGCUAAUAAUUCGUUCAUUUCAGUUUAUUCGCAGAAGAGCGUGAAAAAGAGAGACAGCUAGCUAAGAAGAAGAACACAUCCGUCGGUGGGUAGCAGAUUAUCGAUAAAUCACGACGGCGCGAUUCUGCGGCUCUGCGCAGGUCUCCCACGAUCACGUGACCGUCUCACCCCCUCAGUCGUUUCCCCCACCGGCGCCAUUUACGGUAGCAAAUUCCGGGAAUUACCGUCCGCGUCGUCAGUUCACUCAGUCGUCGCCACUUCAUCGCUCGCCUGGUGCUUGCGAGGAAGAACGCGGAUUGGAGCGGAAGCCGGGAGCGAAGCGGGAGUAGAGGAGGGUUUUUUUAGUAGAAGGGACACACGGAACACGGACGGCGUUAUUGAUGGAAGCGCGACCACUCGCAAUAGUUACCACGCUCCAUGAUUAUUGCGCGGUUAAUCGUGCUAUAGCUUAGGCGCGUGUUACCGAAGGUCACCGCGAUCCGCAGGUACGACGACGAGACAAGAGGAGGAGGCGACGGCGGCGGCGACGGUGGAGGAGGAGGAGGUGAGACGACGGCGAUUGCGCGCCGUGUUGCGUCGCAACAUCGUCUCCGUCGGGGGCGGACUCCGAGGGACCGUAUAGCAGCUUGAGCAGCAGGAAAUAAAGCUGUUGUAAAACAUGGCGCUGUGGGCGAAAUCGCAGUUGUUGCCACCGGAACAACUGCAAGAGGUGCGUUCCACAUAUGGAGAUUACUUCCCGAUUGAAGUGAGACACUUUUUAUCAGCAUGGAUAGAGGAUAAAGUGAUGAGGGCUGACAUAGAACCGGAUAAUCCACAAAGUGAGCAAUACAUAGCCGGUCUUAUCGCUGCUCUGAUACAAGAAUUAGAAUUAAAAGCGGAGUCUAUAGAUUCGCAAGACCUGUUCAUAACGAAAAUGAAGUUGAUGGAUGCUGCUAAGAUGUUUCGUCACAAGUAUAGCCAAAAUCCAAUAAUGUUAUUUAAGAUACUUAGGCAUUGCCUAAGUGUAGAGAUGAAAUUGGUGGCGCAGGCGGAAAAUUUAGGAGGCGCUUUAAUGAAUAUAGCUAACGACAGAUUCAAUAUAAUGAUGGGCGAUUCGGUCACGGAAAUAAGUCAGCAGCUGGAGAUUUUACGGCGCAAGACGUAUGAGAGCGGAGAGGACUUGCGAAUAAUGGAGCAGGAGCAGGAAGGUUUUGCCAUCACCUAUCACGAGUGUACAAAGCUGAAAGUACAGAUGCAACACGCCCAAACGCACCCGCAGAAUCAACACAAUCUCAACAACUUGGACUCGGCGAAGAAGGACAUUAAAAGCGAUUCUUUAUAUAGGCAAGAGCAAGUUCUGCAGCACAAACUUGCUGGCUUAGUAAGGUCGCGUCUAAAUCUAGCUGAUAAAUUGAAGGACACCAUUGAGAGAUUGGGUACUUUACAAUCCAGAGUUCUCGAUGACGAACUUAUCAGAUGGAAAAGGGAUCAGCAGCUAGCGGGCAACGGUGCGCCUUUCAACAGUAAUCUGGACUCCAUUCAAGAAUGGUGCGAGAGCCUCGCCGAGAUAAUCUGGCUGACGCGGCAGCAGAUCAAAGAGGCAGAACGCUUGAAGCAGAAGCUUCCACUUCCCGAAUCGACGAUGUAUCAAGACAUUUAUCCAAACUUGAAUUCUCAAAUCACACAACUGUUAAGUUCUCUGGUUACAAGCACAUUCAUCAUCGAGAAGCAGCCGCCGCAAGUCAUGAAGACCAACACUCGUUUCACGAGCACGGUGCGCCUGCUCGUCGGCGGCAAAUUGAACGUGCACAUGUCCCCGCCGCAGGUAAAAGUAAGUAUAAUCAGCGAGGGCCAAGCGAACGCCUUGCUGAAGAGCGACAAAAUGGCGAAGAACGGCGAGGCGAGCGGCGAGAUUUUGAAUAACACCGGCACGAUGGAAUAUCAUCAGGCGACGAGACAACUUUCAGUGAGCUUCCGCAACAUGCAACUGAAAAAGAUUAAGCGGGCGGAGAAGAAGGGCACGGAAUCUGUGAUGGAUGAGAAAUUCUCGUUGCUGUUCCAAUCACAGUUCAGCGUCGGCGGCGGCGAGCUGGUGUUCCAGGUAUGGACUCUGAGCUUGCCUGUGGUCGUGAUCGUGCAUGGAAAUCAAGAACCACACGCGUGGGCCACGGUGACCUGGGACAACGCGUUUGCCGAGCCCGGCAGAGUGCCGUUUGCAGUCCCGGACAAGGUGUCGUGGCGUCAAGUGGCAGAGGCUCUGAAUGUCAAAUUCCGCUCGGCGACCGGACGCUCCCUGACCGAGGAUAACCUGCGGUUUCUCGCGGAGAAGGCAUUUCGCAGCAACGCCAAUGCUGCCGUUCACGAUUAUUCGAAUCUGAUGUUGACUUGGGCGCAGUUCUGCAAGGAACCGUUGCCCGAGAGGAAUUUCACCUUCUGGGAAUGGUUUUACGCCGUUAUGAAGCUAACCAGAGAGCAUUUGAGAGGUCCGUGGAUUGACGGAUGUAUUUUGGGCUUCAUCCGGAAGAAGCAAGCCGAGGAGAUGUUGCUGAGCUGCGCAACCGGCACGUUUCUCAUGCGAUUCUCCGACUCUGAGCUCGGCGGCAUCACCAUUGCAUUUGUCGGAGAUUCCUGCUUAGUGCCCACAGAAAAACCAACCGAUAAGAUCUUCAUGCUGCAGCCGUUUACGAGCAAGGACUUCAAUAUUCGUAACUUAGCCGAUCGUCUUUACGACCUGCAACAGCUAUUGUACCUGUAUCCUGAUCAGCCUAAAGAUAACGCCUUUGCCAAAUAUUAUACGCCAUUCAACGAGAAUCAAUCUACAUCGACAAACGGAUACGUGAAACCAGUGUUGGUGACGACCGUGCCAGGCUGGCCGGGCGGUUGUCUCGGUGGUCAAACACCGUCCCAUUCGUCCGUCGUGGGCGUAGGUAGCAACGGUCAGGGCGGACAGGGCGGAAGUUAUCCCGCGACACCGCAAACUAUGUUUCAAGCGCAUAGCCCGGAUCCGUCUGUGACGCGGGACACGCCAUCCGUAGCAUCAAGUUAUGCUCCGGGUCUCGGCCAGUCGGGUAUGGGACGACCAAGCGCGGACAUGGAGUACGUCACGGUGGAUUCACAGCUUUUGGGUCACAGCGAGUUGAUGGACGAAAAUCUCAACUUGGACCACUUGAACGGCUUCGGCUUCUCGGACUUUAUGCAGUCGUACACCACCAGCAAGCCGCAAUAGGUACGCAAAUGCCGAUCGGGGUGUUAGCUGUUUGUCAUGAAUGAGAUAUGACGAUACUGAUAGUCACUGUCGCGAGCCUGAAACGGCUCAACCCUUCUUCGAUCUCUUUUUCAUUUUCCAUCAGAGCACGCGAAGCAAUAUGUUAUCUACCGGGGAAGGGAUAUUAAUCCUUAGAGGACGGACGCGGAUCUCUUUAGGACCUGGCGGUUUUUAGUAUCUUAACUCUUCUACUAUUAGCCCGUGUGUGUAUAAAGGAUCGAUAAAGAUAUUCUAUAUUCUUGUUGUCCAUAUAUAGAGCGCCGUGUAUAUUUUAAAUGUGAACAUUGAACGAGCUUAGAUAUUCUAAAGGUCUUCGAUAGGAAUAAUGAAACGUUUCUUUAUUUCUGUAACAACACCGGUGAAUUUUUCAUUAACGAUCUUUUCGCCUUGGAAUAACAACGGAGAAGUUAAUACGUGACCGUAAUAUUGUUAAAAAAUAUGAAAUCGACGUAGAGCCUUAAAAUCAAUUUUCCGUCCGGAUUGUUGAAAAAAAUAAAAAUCUUUAUAAAAUACGGAGAUGGUAUAAAUAUGAACAAAAAUAUUAUUUUUACGUCAAAGGAAAAAUAUUUUUCGCGAAAGAUGGUAAAAUAUUUUUUUAUCACAUAAAUAGCUAAGUAAAGAUACAGGAGUAUUUUUUAUUUGAUACUCUUCAAAAUGAAAUAUUGAUCCAUGUCAGUAAAGCCGAGAAAUCGACUUCCCGUCCUCUAAAGAUUUCUGCGUUCCGCAAUAUUUAUCCAAAAUUAGAUUAAUAUAUACCUGUUGAAACAAAUGUUGAUUGUAUCGUCUUUGAAUUUCAGAAAGAUGACAGAUUACAUAUUUUAAAAAUUGAUUUAUUCACACUUGCAGAUUUGAUGUCAGUUACGCGCUACAAAAAUAUAAACAAAUACAUAGAAAUUAUAUAUAUAUAUAUAUAGU